UACCAUCCAUCAACUACAACCAUUAUUCCUAACAUUUGCAUCAUAAAAUUUUAGGUCUAUAUCUCUGUUGGAUGUUGUUUUGCUGCCUCAGCUAACAACAAGAUUCAAAGCAAAGAAAAUAUGGUGAUGCAAGUCACUAGUGAAUUGGAUAUAUGGAGUUCAAUCUUGAACCAAAAGAACAAAGAUGAAGCUUCACAAUCAAAAACUCCUCCUUAUAUUCAUCCACUUGUGAAAAAUUCAAACAAUUAUCUAAGUGCUAAGAGUCUUGAAAUUUGCACCGAGAGCCUUGGAUCAGAAACUGGCUCAGAUGGUUUCUCUUCUUACACAUCAUCUGAAGAUAACAAUUCAAAUGAUGAUGAAAACUUGAAAGAAAAGGUGGACAUGGUGAAGAAGAUUCGUUGUUUUCCUCCUCCACUUCCUUCACUUUUUAGUCAAAGCCAACCACUUCAAAUGACACCCCAACGUGACAAUGGAAGGCUGUUUUUGUUCCUACAAGUUGUGUCAGUUCCUUCACAUAAUAACUUCUUCACCAAGCGACAAAAUGGUCGUCUUGUCCUCUCGUUUAAUAAUGAUGAAGAAGAAAUUGAUGAUGAGUUUGAGGAAGAUGAGAGUGUGAUAGAGAAAACACAUAUGUUGUCUAGUGAGAUAACAAAUAUUUCUAAUUUAGAAUUAGCUGUGAAUAAGUCAAUUUGGUUGGUUAACAAAAGACCAAAAUGUUCAAAGUUCAACCAAGUGUUCAAUUUUGAGGAUGUUAAGGUUGUGCAACAUGGUUCAUUGCCUAUGAUCAACGGUUAUGAAUAUUACUGGAGAAACAAGGCUACCAGAAAUUUUGCUCCUAGUGAUCAACAAAAUAGUAUUAGCAACAAGGUUGUUAACGUUGUCUCUGGAAACAUGAACAUAAAUCAAUUAGCUUCAAAUGAAGCAUCACAAGAUUCACAACAGUUGUUUGUUUUGAGAGGUGUGAAUAAGGAUUAUUUGGUUCAUAGUUUGAAGUUUUGCAAGGAUUCUAGAACUACAAGGUCUUUUAUGUUCUGGGACCAAUGUUGCAUUGCUACCUGAUCUCUCUCUCUCUCUCUCUUUCAUUCAUCCAUGUCAUUUUCUCUCUUUUUGUUCAACUUUUUUUUCUUAGAGUUGUGUUCAAAUAAAAAAAAAAAUGUAAGGGAGAGAUAUGCACUAUACACUGUUUUUGGUAUUGAUCAUUUAAAAAAAAAAAUGUCUAUUGUAUUGACAAUUACACAACCAAAAUAAUAUAAUGGUAUGUUGAUGAUGUUCAAGUUGAACAUAUGUAUGAACA